GCCCGCCGGUUUAAGCAACGCCAACGGUCACACUAUUUACCCCCGCGACUGCGAAUUCGAGUUUUCCUUUCGAUUUUCGGUAAUUUAUUUUAAGUUUACCACGCAUGCAGUGGGUGUGCGACGGCUGACAAAGUAAUCAGCAAAGUGCCUGGAUCACCAGCGAUCUUAAGCACCUGGUAAUGGAUCAGGUUUUGGGCCCACAGGUGACAAAUCUUGAGGACUCGACUGACGCCGGUCUCAAAAUGGCGUCCGCAAAUUCCGAAUCGUUAGCAUCGGCAACUCACGAACUGAAAAUCAUGGAUGUCGAAGGAGGAGCGGUGGUGGAGGUGGAUCCCGUCGAGGAGACGGCCCCGCUGGUCAUCCUGGUGGACGAUGACGACGGAGACGCUGAGAUGGAAGUGGAGGAGGAAGAGCGACCGGAACAACCGCCGGAGGAUGGUGGGAGUGAAGAUAUCAUGGACUACGACCAUGCACCUCUGGUGGCCGAGCUUCAGUCCGCUCUAAACAACCCCGAUGAUAAAGCUACCACCGAGGAUCCCCUGCUGGAGGAUCCCGACCGGGAACCAGACACCAUGUCCACCAAAACCGAACCAUCAAGCGAUGGCGAGAGCAACCAUUCCUACCACGAUCCCAUGGGUCUGCUGGAGCCCAUUGACAACCAGGAUGGCGGGGACAGCCAAGACGACGAUGAUGACUUCAGCGUGGAUGAAAGCAGCACCGGCGGAAACAACGGAUCAAUUCGCAAAAGGAUGCCACGAGCACAGCGUUGGCUCAUAUGGAUGAAGAGAUGGCCCUGGAUUCUCCACGAGCCAUCUGACGGCACCUUUGCAUUCUGCCUCUACUGUAACAUGAACAUCAACGUAAACAAUCGUGCCAAGCACAUCCAAAAUCACAACAUGUCGCUUUAUCACCAGGAGCGCGAGUGCAACUACCUAGCGUUCAAGAAAAGUGAGGAACAGACCCGCGGAACAACUAGUGACAACGAGGUAAAGCACGAGUUCGGCACAAAGAGCUAUGUGGCCGCCAUGAAGCAGAAACGCGUUACUGAGAUCGAGGCUUUCAACAACUUCAAUUGGCUACGAUGGCUCCGCUGGCAUCCUUGGCUGGAGCGCGCCCAGCCUACCGGAACCACUGGAUUGUGUCGCGUCUGCAACGUGCGUAUGAACGUGGAGUUUGUUUAUCUGCGUAAGCGCCAUGAGACCACGAAAGGUCACUUGGAGGCGCUGCGGCAGCUGGAAUCCGAUAAGCCGAGCCGCAAGCGAAAGAGAAGCAAGAGCACCAACGAUGCCGCCGCUAUUGAGAGAGACAUCGACCUGGAGAAGGAAUCAGAGCCGGAAGGGGAGACUGAGGAUGCGCAGGAAACCACCGUAGUGAUGAUGAACGGCGAGAUGAACUCGAACGAGGAUCCCAGCAGGUGGUGCGAGCUGAUCCCGGACACCAAUCCCCAGCAAUGCCGGUGCACGCUCUGCGAUACGCCGAUGGCUAUAACUAGUUUCAUUCGGCACUGCAAAGGCAAUGCUCACUGUCACAAGCUAAAGACACCACAGGAGAAGGGUUCUUCGGAUGAUCGUGGCAUUUGGGCCGUAUUCGCCGAUGUGCAUCCAUGGUUAACCGCCGAUCCAGACGAUCCUAGCAUCGCCUACUGCAGCAUUUGUCGUAAGCGGUUCAUGUAUGGAAACUCGGAGAUCAAGAGAAAGAACCACGAGAAGUCCGAGAAGCACACAUCGGCGGUGGCUGCUGCCAAAGCAGCCUUAGAUGCUGGCUUGGAUGAGAAAAGAGACGGCGACAACGAUGACGCUGAGGAGGAAGAGGGUGUGCAAAUUAGUGAGGGUGCCCAGUCGGAGAGAUCAGAUAGCGAGCGCACCGAAGACUUGGAUGAUGACAACUGGUCGGAAACUCAGGAAGCCGGCAAAGGCUCUGCCGCAAAAGUCGGUGUCGAGCCUAGAAAGGCGAAGAUUCGAGCGGGUAUGCGCUUCUAUCCGUGGCUGUGCUACUCUAAGGAUCGGAAGACGCAAAUGUGUAAGUUCUGCCGCGUGCGCUUCCACAACGAAACCGCGAAGGCGAGGCACGAGUUCAGUGCCCGGCAUGCUAAGCUCAUGAAGCAGUACAAGGUACAUCAAUUGAAACAACCACCGGCUACGCAGACUGGAACCAACCAGCAGGACGAACAGGAGGAGGAGGACACGGAUGCGCAGAGCAACACGGACUCUGGUACCGUGACAAAAAAACCAGCCCGUCCCGCGUCAAAGUUGUUCGUCAAGCCCAUUCCGGCAACCAUGAAGGGCAAGGUGAUGGUGUGGAAGGGUCGCUUCCCGUGGCUCUCGUAUAAAAAGAGCGAGCAGCGUGGCAACUACGCGUGGUGCAAGCUCUGCGAGGUAUCCCUCUAUCUGCCCUCCUCGAAGUGGGCCUCGAAGCAUCAGCGGACUUCCCGACACAUUCGCCUGCGUAUCGAUCGAAAGCGCAAUGGUGGGCCAUCUGCUGAUAUUGCUCGUAGCAGAGUGGAGAUCCCCGCCGUGGUAGCCACAGCUUCGGCAUUAGCCAGCGGAGAGGCCAGAAUGAAGGCGGCCAUGGCGGAGCUGCAGGCCAAGUACGACUGGUUGGACCCGGAUUCCACCGACGAGAACCACUGCCACUGCCGAGUUUGCGAUACCCGGCUGCCGAUCAAGGUCUUCUAUCUACGUCAGCACGACGCCUCGCGCAAGCACGCCGAUAAUAUGGAGCGACACAGGAACAGUGUGGCGACUAAUGCAAAUGCACCAUCGGUUAGCAAUGCUUCCACUGCGGAGGCGGAGAGGCAGGAGUCUGGUCUGGACAAAGAGAGCGACGGCGAUCUUAGCGUUAGAUCCGAUAACAGCACGGCGGAACCACCCACGAAGCGAUCCCGACGUUCAAUGGAGGUGCGUCGUAUUCUGCGCGCUUUGCGCGAUUCCGUGACUAAGCGGCAGGAUGAGCGCUCGCAAAUGGACAUGGCCAAGGACAUGAUCUGCUCCUCGUUCGAUAUUGUUUCCCGCCUGCGAACCUUGGAACGGGAAGCGGCCGCCCAUAACGAGACCGCGGCGCAGGCGCCACCACCGAUGGCACAGACAAAGUCACCGGAGCCCCGACACGUAUUAGAUCUCUUCUUCGAUAGUAUUGCACCAACCAUGAAGUCCCUGCCGCCUGAUUUGGCUGCCGAGGGCAAGGCGAAAAUAAUGCAGCUUGUUUGUGGCCUGGAAGUUCGAGCCAUGCAAAGAAAUUCGCCGCCUAAUACAGGUUCUUCCACAACUACUUCUGUUGCUCCUUCAGCUCCGUCUGUUCCAGCUGCAAGCAUUCCAGCUGAUGUAGAUGUGCAUUCCAAUGUUAUCACCAUCCAAGACGAUGAACAGGCUUUGCAGAACAAUAACAACGAAGUCGAGUCCGUGCAGACUAAGCCAGCAAGCGCUGGCCCCACCACACAGGUGACCAUCAACGGAAAUCAAAAGGAUCUGCCGAACAAUCUGCGCCGCAUCUUGAGCUCAUCGCAAGUGAAAGUGACCAGCCACUACGACACGGAUUCUGUGCGUUGCGUGCCGCUGGACAAGUUGACAACAACCAGUCGGAUUAACGGAAACGUGCGGCUCAGCCAAAGUGGUUCCUCGGAGGCACCGACUACUCCACAGGCGGAUUUAAGCAAUGGCAAUACGCUGGCCAUGCUCCGGCAGAUUCGGGUAAACAACAGUAACACUUCCAAGAUGAUCACCAUUACCAAGUCGCCGAUGCAACAACAGCAGCAGCAUCAGCAGACAGGCAAUGUAACAUCGACACCAAUAAUGCGCGGGGGUCAGAACAGCAACGGCACUCAGAUGACCACUUUCCGGGCUUUGCUGAGCAACAACCGCAGACCAUAGAACUCUUAGGAAUAACGAAUAAUUUAUAGCUAUAGUUUUUGUCAUUGUCAUUGUUUAAAUUCACAAGAAUUCAGAUAUUUUAUAUGUUAACGAUGAAUACUUGCGAGCAAGAUAGUUAUCUCAAGUUAAGACACCAAAGGAGUUCCUUGCAAGAUGAUGAACAUAGAAACCAUUCUUCAUUGACCCCUAUUAACGAAUCUGUUAUAUUCGAGGAAUCCAUGAAUUUGGAGCCAGUUAGUUUUGAAAAUAUUUUCGCACCAGUAAAAUAGAAUUAAUUUUUUUUUUUUUUUUAACACUUUAAAAAUUGGAUCGAUUUAUUAGGUUUACAGACUUACCCAAGUCCAAAAUAUAUUUAAAGUGUAUGUCUUUUAA